AUGAAGAUUAAUGAACUCGAAGAGAAAGAAAGAAAGAAAGAAAGAACCCUAAAAUUGUGGGAUUGUGGAAGUCCUUUAUAUGACUCGUAUGAACUGGUUUCUGUCAACCAUAUAAUUGAAAGACAUUUCAUGGUAUUUCCUUAUCUAAGUAAAUCAAGAAAUGUGGAUGAAUCAAGUCUCAUUUCAUCGUCAUCGUCAUCGUCAUCAGUUAAUCAAUCAAAACCCAACAAGGCUGCGGGUCCUAGCAAGUUUAGGGGAUUCUCUUUGGUUAAUUUCUUGAGUGAUCUUUUAGAGAGAAAUUUGUGGAAGAAGAAGCAGCUUGAUGGUGAAAGAAAAGUGAAUAAUAAGCCCAAGAAGCAAAAAAUGGGGAUUUCUCCGAGUAGCCAAAUUUCUCAUACAAGAAAGUCGAACUACAUUAAUUUAGUAAAAAGGCGCGGUCAUAGAAUUUCUACUAGGAUUAGUUAA